AGAGCGGGAUAUGAGAGGGCGGCGAUGAUGACUGGCCACUUGGACUCCUAGACCACCUUAUCUUGAUUCAACACCUCUACGGUCCAUUUCUCUCUCACACAACCGCUUUUCAUUAACUGCCGUGGACCCAGAAUGGAUUCUAGGCUGCUAAUUGGACCGGGGAUCCCCACACCGGACGCGACCACCCGGGCACCCUGGAACAUCAGCUCCAUCAGUCCGCACCGGCUCAUGGAGCUGUCUCCAGUCGCCACAGCUGGUUCCUUGGUUCCAAGCCACCCAUUUCCCACGGUAGACGUCCCAGACCAUGCUCACUACACCAUUGGUGUUGUCAUCUUGGCUGUGGGCAUCACAGGCCUUCUGGGAAACUUCCUGGUCAUGUACGCUUUCUGCAGGAGCCGGAGUUUGCGGACACCAUCCAAUAUUUUCAUCAUUAAUCUUGCAAUCACAGAUUUCCUCAUGUGUCUCACCCAGACACCGAUCUUCUUCAUCACCAGCAUGCACAAGCGAUGGAUCUUUGGAAAGAAAGGUUGUGAGUUGUAUGCCUUCUGUGGAGCCCUGUUUGGUAUCUGCAGUAUGAUGACACUGAUGGUGAUUGCGGUGGACCGGUACGUGGUGAUAACUAGGCCUCUGGCUUCCCUGGGUGCGAUGUCUCGCAGGAAAGCCCUUAGCAUCGUGGCUGCUGCCUGGGUCUACUCUAUGGGCUGGAGCCUGCCGCCCUUCUUUGGCUGGAGCGCCUAUGUCCCAGAGGGUCUGAUGACGUCUUGUUCCUGGGACUACAUGACAUUCACGCCUUCUGUCCGCUCUUACACAAUGCUGCUCUUUACCUUUGUCUUCUUCAUUCCUCUCUCCAUCAUCAUCUUCUGCUACUGCUGCAUCUUCAGAGCCAUCCGACACACAACACGAGCGAUAACAAAGAUCAACUGUCAAGGGACCAGAGACUCUGCUAAGAGGUUCCAUAAGUUGAGAAGUGAAUGGAAGAUGGCCAAGAUUGCGCUCAUCGUCAUCCUGCUAUUUGUAAUCUCCUGGGCCCCUUACUCCUGUGCAGCCCUCACUGCAUUUGCUGGGUACGCUGACAUGCUGACUCCCUAUAUGAACUCUGUUCCUGCUGUGAUCGCUAAAGCGUCUGCUAUCCACAACCCCAUCAUAUAUGCCAUUACACAUCCGAAAUACAGGUCAGCACUCAGCAGGUAUAUACCCUACCUCGGGGUGUUGCUGUGCGUUACUGGUAGAGACCGUUUCAGCAGCAGCAGCUUCCAGUCCACCCGCCGAUCAACCCUCACUAGCCAAUCAGAGAGCAACCGCCCCAGCAAGCCCCGCCACUCCUCCCAGUCUGAGAGCGAAUCAGCCCACCUCUCAGACACAGAGGACGACAGCUCGUCUCGGACGCCUGUCAGUCGUCAGUUGUCCACUGAUGUCAAACAGGUGCGCCAUGCCAGCCAGAGGUCAAAGGUGAGGGGUCACAACAUGGGAGAAUUUCACAGAACUUCUGCCGUCCACCCCACUGACCCAGCCAUAUGUCACCUCUCACAGAUCAAUACUCUGACAGAGCCUGAAGACAUCUCCAUGUCGGACAUCAAUCUCCAGCCAACCAGUCAUCUGCCUGCUACUCUGGAUAAUGUGAUGGAGGAGUCAGGGCCAAGGACUAUGUGUAAGUCGACGUCAUCCAUUAUUGUCACCUCCAUAUCCAGCCCAUGUAUAUUGCAUAGCCCCCCAGGUUUCCAUGGCAACCUCAAACUGACCAGAACUUACAGCCCGGUUGCUAAGGAGCCCCUUGACAUAGCCAGGCUGGAGACGACAGCAUUACCAUGAACAGCUGGACAAAAGUGCAACGACUGUGUGUAACUGUGUGUGUAUGGUGUGUGUGUGUGCACGUGUAUGUGUGUGUGUGUGUGUGUCCGUGUGUUCCAAUAUUUCCCCCCAUGGGACUUUUCUGUACCAGCAUGCUGUUAACUAGUUAUGGUAAAUUAAAACCACAGCAUGCUCUUAUUGUUUUUUUUUGCAUAGUGUGUGUGAGUAUGUGAUUGUGAAUGCCCAGUAAAUUUAAAUUCAUAUUUGCACACAUACAUUUGUUCUACUCUUUCUGACAUAUCAUGGUGGUUGGAGAUGAUUUACCUCGGAGCCAGAGGCAACAAAUUAGCCUUAAAAACACAAUGUGAAAAGCGUUAUUUCUAAGGUUGAGUAUCGGGAACUGUAGAUUUGCAUCAAUUCCUGGCUCAGAUUUUUGUCAUAUAAUUUUAGUAGAAGAAAUCAAAAUAUGUGUUUAUAUACAUAUACAGUAUAUACAUAAGUCUUUUUAUCUUGCCAUCUAUGAGUUGAAUGUUUGCUGUUAAAAACGUGUUAUUUCCACCUUCUCAUUACGUGGUUCGGGGGUUUUAUCACUGCAACUGAUGACAUAAAAAAUGCUGAAAUUAUUUUCUAUAUUAUUUAAUGUUUUAAUGCUAUGUGCAGUGAUGCAUCCAUAACCAGUGAUGUCAACAUUGAUAAAUAUUAACAUUAGAUCAAAUUACACCUGAUUGAGUAUGAGAAGUAGUGGCGCUACUGAUCCCACUGAGAAUCAGCAUCCUACUUUGCAACUAUAUGCAGAUUAAAGCCACUUUUAGUUCAACGCGUUGGUUUGCAAAAUACCAUGAUUCUUAUUAUAAAACUGUGAGCAGUUCCCAGCACAGGAGUUGGCUGAAGCUACUGUACACAAACUGAAAUGAAAGCUGAGGUAAACAAGUAAUUGGCGUCAAACAUUUAGCAAGUCGGUGAGAGACACAUUUUUCUAACUAGCUUGGAUGAAGCAGAGCUAAAAUGACAAUGAAUACUGAAUGAACAUUGAAAGAAAUCAAUUAGACAAAUGCCCAUGCUGCUUUUAUCCUACUAGACGUGUAGAUAAGCCCACCCAUGUACAUGUUUCACCACGUUUUGUAUGUAUUAUUUUAAUAUCUCAGAAGUUGGCAUAGAAAUCUGCUGUAAAUUCAGAUUCACAGAGACGUCCUCUAUAUUCCUGGAAAAAUGUGUACAUUGAUAAAAAUUAAUUCCCUAAUCAGAAGUCAGCCAGAGAAUUCACAACUGCUGCUUCACGCUAAAAUGAUGGAGCUUCUCACUCACCCGUGAAAUCCAAUUAACUCGGUCAACCACCGUAAAUAAAUUGAAAUUGCACCUAAUACUGUAUGUUAGCCAGGAGAAAUUGAUCAGUAAAUGCUCAUCUUUGUACCCUCAAGAGGCCGUAACACACCGAACGCCACUUUAAUACGUGUUUAACUUGUAAACUGGGUAAUCAGACACACAUACACACACAUGCGGCAGGACAGGAGAGGAUAUAGUCAGUUUGUUCUCCCUCUGGCUCUUUGACAAUGAUUUUUCCAGUCCUGAUUACAUGAAGUACCACAGAUCAGGCAGAUUGGGGCACAAAGUGUCACAAUACCAAUACUGUGUGUGUGUGUGUGUGUGUGUGUGUGUGUGUGUCUGUGUGUGUGUGUGUGUGUCCGCACUGAAAACUGGACUCAGUACUGUACUUUGCAUUCCUCUUGAUGCCAUACCACAAAUGUGUCACAAAACCAAUACUGUGUGUGUGUGUGUGUGUGUGUGUGUGUGUGUGUGUGUCUGUGUGUGUGUGUGUGUGUCCGCACUGAAAACUGGACUCAGUACUGUACUUUGCAUUCCUCUUGAUGCCAUACCACAAAUGUGUCACAAAACCAAUACUGUGUGUGUGUGUGUGUGUGUGUGUGUGUGUGUGUGUCUGUGUGUGUGUGUGUGUGUCCGCACUGAAAACUGGACUCAGUACUGUACUUUGCAUUCCUCUUGAUGUCAUACCUUGCUGUAAUAUCUGCCAUUAGAUAUACAGGUGACAGUAAGCUCAGUGAUGUUACUGUUUGUAUAAGCGUGUGGUUUCUGGAUUGUAAUCAUAAACCUCAUCAUAGACAGACGCACAAAACCGCUUCACCAACUAUGUUUCUCCCUCCUUGUCAUUGAACAUCAUAUAUUCUAAAGCUUUUUUUUCUCCACUUCUGUACAUCGCUGCUCCCUUCGAGAUUCCCAAGAUUGCUGCAUUAUUGACUAUGAUUGUAAUAACUUCUGAAAUAAAUCUGACACAUGCUGUCACUUUUAUGUUUGUUAAAUGAUAAACAGUUAAAUUAAAGAUUAAAAUCUUAGUUAACAACGGCUGACACAUUCCCUCUUUUGCUCGUUUAUCCUGCAGUGUCCAUCAAUGAAUGUACAAUGUAAAUAUGUUUAAAAUGUUAUGGCAAAAAUUUUAGCAUCAUGACAAAACAAAUAUAAAUAUUAUAUAUACAGUAUAUGAAAAUUUUAAUUCUGCUUUAAU